AUGGGAGAAUCUGGUGAGACGUCGAAAGAGAAGGAGACGGAGGGAAAGUGUAUAAAUUGCAAGGACACUUAUGCAAAUGUGAACGGGGGAAGAGACUUUCAAAUUGGGGAUGCGGCAGACAACAGCUACCCAACAAAAGAGGUUUGUUUUGAUUUCAGCACCUAUAGACUGCCUUUCAGCAGUGUGGACUCUAAUUCAUCAGAUGAGAUUGACAAGGGCCCAUUUUUCCACGUGGAAAUAAUCGAGUUGACUACCUUAAUACUGUUUCCGUCCGAGGCUGAUGAUGUGAAUGAAAUAGACCCGUGGAAGAAGAGGGACAAUCUGUCUGAGAUCAUAACUAUCAGAGUUGAUCAGACCCAUCGGACGGUAUUGGACCCAGAGAAUCUACCCUUGAAUUGUUUGCAAACUUUUGUCCCUUCGCCAAUCACUCUGCUUUUUCUCAUCAACAAUGGUUCGGCUCUUUGGGCGUCUCCUCCAAUUUGGAAAUGGCCACAUGAGGCAUGA